AUGCCAAAAAGCGGAAAUGCGCACGUCAUCGACGCUUUCAACCGCAACUUCGGAAUUACGGAUAACAACAAAUGGACUCUUGUUCUGAGCAUCUUUUACGUAGGAUAUUGUCUGUUGGAAAUGCCUGCUAACGUAUUGCAACGACACAUUGGAGCCAAUCGUUUCUUCUUCCUUUCGUUGACCUUCUGGGGCCUCUCGUCUCUUUCGGUCGUUUAUGCGAAAGGAUAUGGUGGCAUCUUGGUCUUGAGGGUAUUGAUGGGUAUUGGAGAAGCUGGGUACUAUGCUGGAAUGAUUUACUACCUGUCAUUUUGGUACAAACGGAACGAACUGGCGCUACGCAUCAGCUUGUGUAUGACUGGAACGCUUCCUGGUGCUAUUGGGGGCCUACUUGCAUUUGGAUUAGUCCGCGCCCACACUUCUGUGCUCACUGGAUGGCAGUUCUUGUUCCUCGUAGAAGCUAUUCCCACAUUGAUCAUGGCUGUGAUGAUUCUUUUCUUCUUGCCAUCUUUUCCCUUUUCCGCGGGUUUCCUUAGUCCCAGGGAAAGAGCUAUUGCGCAGGCAAGGCUGAACAGGGACCAUAAGCCCCAGUCCCAUGGAGGAAUGAAUGGUUGGAAGGGCUUUAAAGCCAUAAUUUCGGAUAUCAAUGCGUGGCUUUUUAUGCUCAUUUAUGCCAGCUUUAACGUUGGUGUUGCCACCGUAUCCUACUUCUUGCCUACAUUGAUCAAGAACCUUGGCUUUUCAUCCAUCAACGCUCAAGGCCUCACUGUUGCCCCUUAUGUCGUAGGGUGGUUCAUGGUCUUCUUACAAGCACUACAUAGCGAUCGUACGCGAGAGAGAGGAUAUCAUAUCAUGGCGUCUUGUGCAGUCUCUUUCAUUGGCUACAUCAUCUUGGCCACUUCUGUCCAGAAAAGUGUUGGUGCUGCCUACUUUGCCCUAUUUCUUGUGGUCGGAGGGAAUUAUAGUCUAUUUCCGCUUGUUAUGAGCUGGGCAGCCAACGCAUUUUCACCUACUUCCAAAAGAGGUGUAGGAACUGCUUUCAUAGUCUCCAUAUCUAACUGCGUCUCGAUUGCUUCGCCUCAAAUAUACUUCGAUCCGGAAGACUCUUUCAGGAAAGGGCACGCAAUCUCCGCUGCAUGUUUGCUACUGGCGUUCCUUGCGACGGCCACUUUGAAAAUACGGCUCAGCCUUCUCAACAAACGUAAUGCUCAACGGUUGUCCUCGUUGUCAAAGCAAGAAAAGGACAAAGUUCCUCAGUUAAGCGAUGAAGAAAUAUGGGAUAACGAUCCUCGCUAUGUGUUCAUGACUUGA